UUCUCCUUCGUAUUUCUCUCUUUUGUCUUCCUUCCUCUUCUCCGUUCUUUUCCUGCUUCCUUCUUCUCCCGUUUUCCUCUCCUUGACGUGACCCCCAACAAAAACAAACUACCCCUCCUUCUUCCAACCAAAACCAAGGACCCCCUUUUCAAGGCUGGCUUUUCCCUUUUUUUUUUUGGUGAAUUUGGUUUCUUUUUUGUUGUUUUCUCUUUUUGAGGUUUCAAAGCUGCCUGCUAUCAUAAUACGUACAUUGUUUUCAAUGAACUUCUUCCAAAGAGGAGAGCAAAGAGCAGAACAAAAGAAAUAUGUUGUUACAAUAUUUUUACAUGCAAUGUAACAAAGGGCAUGUUAUAAUGUUAAUGAUGAUGGUGAAUACAGAGAUUUAAUUUAUAAUGUAAAUUUACUUAAAUGACAAUAUAAUAAUAUGUCUUUUAUAUUAGCAACUGUUUAUUUUGAAUUUUUUUUUCUUUGGAAAUUCAUUGUUUUCAUAUAUAUAAAAAAUGUCUGAAUGAUAAUAUUAGCAAAAAAAAUUCGACCAAUUAAUUAAGUUAUUAAUUAAAUUUAAACCGUAUAGGUUGUUCUCACUGCCAUUGUUGAGGUUCAUUAAGAAAGGAGGAAAUAUUAUUUUUAGUGAAGUUAGAAAACCCCGAUAAUGAUAGUGAAUAAAAAAAAUAUAUGUUGGCUUUUAGUAAUAUUAACUUCAUAUAUGAUAAUAAAAUGAUUCAAUUUCUCACAUUUUUUAUCUUUUUUUUUUUAAAUUUUGUUGUGUUUCAAUUACAUGUUUUGAGCUUUUUAAGAAAUUAUCUUACUUUAUUAAUUUUUUUUCAAAAAUUUAACAAAAAAAAAGGCUUUGUUUUUUUCCUUGCAAUAACAAGUGAAUUUUAGAAUAAAAUUAUGUUUUUUUUCCUUUGAUUGCUUUAGAGUUUUUCUCUUCCUAUGUCAGAAAAUCAUUAUAUAUAGUUGUACUAGACUUAUCAUAAUUCUGUGGCUGAGAAAAUGUGCAAUUUGAAUGGAAAGUGACAUGGUGUGUUAUGUUAGAAAAAGGAUUGUAUUUGGGAUGCAAUUCCUUCUCCUUUUAGAGUUAUGGGCACUUUGGUUUAUUACUGUAACUUAAGUUCAUGCCCGAGGCUGAGAUUAUCCACUUUUAGGAUUGUGGGUUCAUCAGAAAUUGGGGUGUCCAGAAGACAAGUAUUGGAACAAGUGGAUAAGGAGCUCAACAAAGGGGAUGAGAGGGCUGCACUCACUCUUGUCAGGGACUUGCAAGGAAAGCCUGGUGGGCUUCGAUGUUUUGGUGCUGCCCGGCAGGUUCCCCGAAGAGUGUACACCUUGGAUGAAUUGAGACUGAAUGGAAUAGAAACUACAUCUCUUCUAUCACCAGUGGAUGCAACUCUGGGUUCAAUAGAAAGAAACCUGCAGCUUGCUGCUAUCUUAUGAGGGGUUGCAGCAUGGAAUGCUUUUGGGUUUAGCCCGCAGCAAAUCCUGUUUAUUUCUUUGGGAUUCUUGUUUCUGUGGACACUGGACUCGGUUUCAUUCAAUGGAGGAGUUGGUAGCUUGGUCCUUGACACAAUUGGUCACGCUUUUAGUCAGAAGUAUCACAAGAGGGUUAUUCAACAUGAAGCUGGUCAUUUCUUGAUUGCUUACCUGGUGGGUAUACUUCCAAGAGGAUACACAUUAACUAGUUUGGAAGCUUUAAAGAAAGAAGGAUCACUCAAUAUUCAAGCAGGGACAGCUUUUGUUGAUUUUGAGUUUCUUGAAGAAGCUAAUGCAGGGAAAGUAUCAGCGACAACGCUCAACAGGUUCUCAUGCAUAGCACUAGCAGGUGUGGCAACUGAAUAUCUGUUAUACGGAUAUGCUGAGGGAGGCCUUGCUGAUAUAAACAAGUUGGAUGUAUUGCUCAAAGGCUUGGGAUUUACACAAAAGAAAGCAGAUUCCCAAGUCAGAUGGUCUGUGCUGAACACAAUCCUACUACUGCGUCGCCAUGAGGCAGCCCGAGGUAAACUUGCAGAGGCAAUGUCCAUGGGAAAAUCUGUAGGAUCCUGCAUUGACAUUAUAGAGGAUAACAUCAAUGAUGAUGACAUCUAGUUGCAACUGGCUUUACUGGCUAACUCCCUUCGUCAUUUUUCCUCUUGACUUGUGAGUUAGAUGAGAUUGGGCUUCAUACACAAAGCAGAUUCCUGUCAAUAUGGUAUAUCUGUAUCUGCUGUCUAAUGAAAAUAUUUGUGAAGUAGCUGAAAGGAAGUAAAUUCAGUUGUGCAAUUUUCCCAUGGAAUUAAGCUUUGCCAUAAUGUGAUUGAUUAUUUGUAUUAGUAAUACCCUUAUUAUGAUAAAAUAAGAGGAUAUAUAGAUCAAAUACUGAAUUUCUCUAAGAUGCAA